AUGUCUGAAUUGGAAGCAACGUCUACAAGCUUCAUGAAAGUGCCAGAGAUGCGACUUGCAAUCUGGGAAGCCCUAGUCCCACCGCCCCGACGAAUAUACAUGCAAAAAUCCGGCUUAUCUCUUUCGGAUAAUAGAUACUGGGUGGCAAAAGUCGAGUCUGAUUCCGGGUCUCUCACAAUUCCAAAUCCGUCUAUCCUAGGAAUAUGCGCUGAAUCCCGAGAUUAUUUCAUUCGUGAGAAAGGAUACACUCUACUUAGCUCUUGUCUCAUAAGCCCAAUAUACGUAAAUUACUCAAGAGAUCAACUUUGGUUCGAUUCUUUAUCUCGCCUUUGGAGUUACGUCAGGAACGUUUCUUAUCGACGUCGCCUGGAAAGACGCAACGGCAAAAUGAAUGAGGAAGCUUUGCAAUUGUCUAGGAUUAGAAAACUUGGCAUAAGCUUGACUGGCAAGGAAAAGAUGGGGCGGUUCUCUGCCCGUAUAAUGACUCAUAUAAUCAUGAGGCUCCCCGAAUUGGAAGAGGUUAUCUUUGAGCUUUCAAAAGACGGAUUUGACAAUCACAAAGCUUAUAUAGAUGAAAAACUAAGCGGCUAUGAAGAAAGGCUACGGGGCCACAAUAUCCUCGAUCCGAGAGCCCCCCCUAGACUUAUUUACAUAAUGCAGGAAGUUGUAGCUCCUCCUGAAGAUAUAUGA